AAACACUUCGUCGUCUCGCUUCAUUCUCAAGACACCUCUCCCCAUCACCUCAGCCACCAAGCUUCACAAUGGCAGACUACGCGAAAGUGCCGAGCUCGGCAAAGCUGAAGCCAAAGCCAUUCAGAGCUGAAGUCGACCAGCAAAAGAUCGAUGACUUCAAGACACUUCUCAAGCUUUCACCAGUAGCACCUCCCGUCUACGAGAACUCGGACCCUUCAGUGACCGCUUCACGAAGAUACGGAGUGCCUAGAGACUGGUUGCUCAAAGCCAAAGACCACUGGCUCAACACCUUCGACUGGCGAAAGCAGGAAGAUUACAUCAACUCUUUCCCCAACUACACAGCUGACGUCCAAGACGACGAGGGACACGACCUCACAGUACACUUCAUCGCCCUCUUCAGCGAGAAGCCGGAUGCAGUGCCUAUAGCUCUCUACCACGGAUGGCCAGGCAGCUUCCUAGAGUUUCUCCACAUCCUCGAACUUCUCAAGAACAAGUACACUCCCACGACUCUACCAUAUCACGUCGUCGUCCCUUCAAUCCCCGGCUAUUCCUACUCGUCCGGACCACCACUAGACUUCGAUUUCAGCCUUGAGAAUGCCUCGUACGCUCUCAACAACCUGAUGGUCGGCCUGUUCCCAGAAACCGGCUACCUCGCGCAAGGCGGAGAUUUGGGCUCCUUCAUCUCUCGUCAUCAAGCAGCAUCCUAUGACGCUUGUAAAGGCAUGCAUCUCAACUUCUCACCUUUGUCUCGCCCGCAGAACGCAGACUCUCUCGAGACUUCGGAAAUCGAGAAAAAAGCUCUUUCGCGAGGCCUCUGGUUCCGAGAAGUCGGCGUCGCAUAUUCCAUCGAACAUGGUACGAGGACGGCAACGAUCGGACACGCCUUGUCUGCCUCGCCAAUGGCUCUCUUGGCUUGGAUUGGCGAAAAGUUCUUGGAGUGGAGUGAUGCCGAUCCUUCGCUCGAUCACAUUUUGCAAUCGGUUACUUUGUAUUGGAUGACUGACACUUUCCCGCGAUGCAUUUACCCAUAUCGUGGCUCUUCUGGAGAUGAUGAGAGACCUCGUCAAGCUAAGGUUUCGGGCAGAGGCAGGGAGAGACCGUAUGUUGAGAAGCCUUGUGGGUACUCUUUCUUCCCACUUGAGUUGGUUCCAAUGCCGGUUAGUUGGGUGGCUACGAGUUGUAAUCUGGUGUCCAGUAAGGUGCACCAGAGUGGCGGACAUUUUGCUGCAAUGGAGAAGCCGAAUGAAUUACUAGAGGAUAUCGAGGCAUACGUGAAGAAGGCUUGGAAGUGAGGGUCAAAAAAUCUCAGGCAGAAAUUAUUUCUCGUUGUUGCAC